UAUUCCUUUGUUUCUCAUUCAAUCCCAAACCAAAUUCUCUCAAUACAAAUACAGUUCAUCAUCAAUGGCAUCAAGCAAAUCCUUCAUCACAUAUUUACUUUUUCUUGUGACCAUCUCAAGCAUGAACAUGAUGAGCCUUGAAGCUCGCCAUCUUUUGCAAACAACAACACAACCAAAUUUGCCUAACAUUCCCACUUUGCCAAAUCCCACAACAACAUUGCCACCUUUGCCUUCAAUUCCAACAUUGCCUCAAGCAAAUCUUCCUCCAUUGCCUACCAUUCCAUCUCUGCCUAAAGUCACUUUGCCGCCACUUCCAAGCUUUCCUACCAAUAUUCCAACACUUCCAUCUCUCAACAUUCCACCAUUGCCAGCCACUUCACUUCCCAACAUUCCUUCAAUUAUCCCAACCACUUUCCCAUCCAUCCCAUUUUUCUCUCCACCUCCUUCAACCUCUACCCCUUAAUUAAACACUUUUUAACUUGUUACUUUGCUACCUUGCAUUAUGUGGUUAGCUAAUUGCAUGCAAUAGACAUUGCAUCAUUUCCUUUUAGCGUGUGAUGAAAUUGUACGAGUUUAUGAUUAUAUCAUUAUCUUUGUUGUAUUGUAUGGUGUGAAAAAGCCUUUGUAAUUUUUUUUUUCUGCUUACCUGUUUGGCUCCGUUGCUUUGUACUUUUGAAUUUAUACUAUUGAUGCUGAAGUACAAAUUUAUAUACAAUAUGAUGUCUUUUAUUUUC